UUUCCUCCCGUGGGAGCCGUUUUUAGGAUCUGAGCAAUCCCACAGCGCUGGGACUGGCGUUCCCAGAGCUCCGUGGGGCUGUGGUGCUCCGGGGGGGAGACCUGCCCCUUCCCCCCUUCGCAGCCUCGCGUGUGCGUUUUAUCAAAACCGAUACCCGCUCGAAAAAAGGCAGCUUGGGCGGACUUCCCUCUUUCCUUUCCCCUUAUCCUUGUAAAGCGGCUCCGCGGCGGCUCCGCCGAGCGGCUCCGGGCUCAUCCCGGGGCCGUGACCGCCAUGGGCUCCCGGGGCGGUCCCGGCCCGGCCCCGCUCCCGCUCCCGGCGCGUCCCGGCGCGCCCCGGGCCGUGAUCGCCGUCUGCAUCCCCGCGGCGGAGCCCCCGGCGGCGGGCAGCGCCGAGCGGCCGCACACGGUGUUCCGGGUGGAGGUGCUGUGCAAUGGCCGGCGGCACACGGUGACCAAGCGCUACAGCGAGUUCCAGGCACUGCACAAGCGGAUCAAGAAGACCUGUAAGGUCCCCGACUUCCCCCCACGCCAUGUCCCCAACUGGAUGCCCAAAGCGCUGGAGCAGCGCCGGCAGGGCCUGGAGCUCUACCUGCAGGGCGUGCUGUACCACAACGAGGAGCUGCCCCAGGACAUCCUGGACUUCCUGAAGGUGCGGCGGUGCCAGCAGAGCCCCAAGGCCAGCAGCCCCCCCAGCACCAGACUCCUGCCGUCCCAGCGCCCCAUCGUCGGCUUCCGCUCGGAUCCCUACGUGCGGCCACGCGGCGCUGAGCUGCUCCCCAACACCGUCCUCAGCGGGGUCCUGCAGGGCCUCUACCUCCCCCUGAGCUGCGUCCCCGGCCUGGCAGCACCCCGAGCCUCUGGAAUGAUGAGUUCCACCCAGCAGCCAGGGAUGCAGUGGUGAGAGGAAGGAUCCUUGUGGUGAAACUCACUCCUCCCUGCUGGGAGAAGCCAAAGGGAUGUUGGGAAGUGCUCUCUCACCACCAUGAAAAGUGCCUUUGUUGGCAGAGCAGGAGCUCUGCCUCCCCCCCUGCUGUUUUGGGCUUGCAGUACGAGCCUUUGGAUGCUGGAUGGUGCUGGAAAACCUCUCUGCAUCCAGGCUUUGGUGCAAUAAAUCUCCUGGAUUUGACUGACUGGAAAAGCGCUGUGC